AUAGCCGAAGAGCUACAAAGCGAGACAGCGCUCAGUCAUUUGGACAAAAAGGAAAUUCCGCAUUAUUUAUUUACACCAAUUUCCUCAAACGAGCACCCUACACAUUUUGGCGGAUAAUUGACCACCCCGUGCAUCAGAGGGGAAAAGGACGCAUCAUUUACAUUUGCUGUGUGUUUUAAACCUACACUUAUCUGGAUUAAUAGACUUGAAUUCAAUCAUGCUGAACAACAUGGAUUUGAACUCUAAAGAUUCCUUCUACCCUCAGUUUGAAAAUUGCAACGGUUCUUCCUUGGGAAUGGAAAAUAGCGCUCGGAAAGAUACCCAAGAGAUGUUUUCGGACGCAGAGAGAGGAUCACCUGCCCAUUUUACCCAUGAGGGGCCACCUGUAACACUGAAAACCGAGGCCUCCAAUUCAGAUUUUGCUUUUAAUCCCUGCGAGGGGCCCAAAGGCACCUUCCCGUCCUCCCUCGCCUAUUCAGGCAGCUUCUAUGUCGAGGCAACCCAGGGGGGCCCCUGCAGCACAGAGACAUUGCUCAACAUGAUCACAGAAAUUGUCGGUAUUUCCACGUUACCGAUUUCUGAAGUUCAACUAAGCCACAUUGACAGCAGCCGCAGCAGCUUCGGCGAGGCUGGCGUCCAAGGACAAUCCUCUACCUGCAGCGCAACCCCGCCCCUGUACUCGACGGAGCAGACUUGCCCCAGCUUUCCCGAUGGUCAGGCCGGCGGCCAAGGUCAGGAAUCGACCUCUUCCCAGGUGGGCUUUGGCUCCCCAGCCCAAGUCACUAACCAGAACAGCACCGCAGAGCCGCAGUCGGAAGCUGCGUCUUUUCCAGUGGUGGUCAAGAAUGAGUUCGAAAGCAGCUGUUAUGAAUGGGGCACGUUCAAUAAACCAGACGCUUAUUUGGAAACGGGCUUCCAGUCAUCAGAAACGUUCCCAAUGUCCAGUGCCUUCCCGCCUGACCAACAAUUGGAUGUAAAGGAACUUUUGGACUCGUUUUCUCCCAUGUGCCCUAACCCAGAGAUGGAGUUCAAAGUUGAAGGCGGUAUCAAGCAGGAGCAGUGCUUUUCUGACACAUGCUCUCAGAGUUUCUCCAAUAUGUACUCCAAUUACCCAGUGUCAACCAUGGACCUCUCAACUAACAACCUCCUGAAGCCAGGUAUGUUUCCCAACAUUGAACUUCAGCCAUUAUCUAAUCAGUGCGAUUUGUCUUACCAGCUUACUUCACCAGCUUUGCCCAGCACUAUAGACUCAAUUCUUUACUCCUCCUUAUUGCCAGACUCGUUUGCCCAAAGUUACACGCCGCGUGCUCAAAAGUCUGCACGUGUAAGGAAAAGCACUGCCGCCACCACCGGGCCUGCCAAAGAAAAACCGUUCACCUGCCCAAUGGAAAACUGCGAUCGGCGCUUUUCCCGCUCGGAUGAGCUGAACAGACACAUCCGCAUCCACACGGGACACAAACCCUUUCAGUGCCGCAUUUGUCUACGCAGUUUCAGCCGUAGCGACCAUCUCACCACCCACACCCGGACUCACACGGGUGAGAAGCCGUUUUCCUGCGAUGUAUGCGGCAAACGCUUCGCCCGGAGUGACGAAAGGAAAAGGCACGGUCGCGUACAUCUGAAACAGAAGGAGAAGAUAGAGCUGAAGCCACAAGUGAUCAGCACAUGGCCUUUCACUCUACCGGAGGGGAUUUGAAGAGACACCACUACGCGCACAAGUAGCUCUGUGCGCGCACACACCAUUACCAUCUUUCCGUCUUGGAAGAUUACAAAUUCGACAGUUCAUUGCUGAUUAGCCUACAGGUCGACGUGUCAACGUAUGCUGUGUGACAUUAUAGGUCGAGUGAAAUUGGUUUGACUGUGAAGGUCCCUAUAGGGAAUAAUAACGUUUUGCGAAUUUGAUUUGCAAAAUGCUAUGUAGGCUUAUGGGGAAGGGAAUUCUGAAAAGGGUCUACUCCUUUGACCGUCGUUAACGUGCUGCUGCUGCUGACUCUAUGCAACACAUGCAUAACUUGAUUGUAAAACCUUCCCGAGUUGACAGCUCAACGAGAGCCCAGUUUCAUUUCGCUGUUACAAUCAACCAAUUUGGUACUUUAAAGAGAUAAAACAGCACGGCUGCGUAAAAUGCCUACAGCAGUUCAGCACCUUUUGGUUUGGACAGCUCCAACAUCAUCCUAUGAUUACGAAAGGCAAGACAACUGCAUCGAAGUUGCUGGGCUGUAUUGCACUUAUAUCUACUUUGAGAUAUCCUCUUUCCACUAGAGAGUCUUAUAUUUUAUGCUUUUGUAUGACUAACACCGCAACCGGUCAGAUGAUGGUUCUUCAAAUGCAUGUAUAUAUUCAUGUGGUAUUAUUGAAUAUAGCCAACAGACACAACUUAGUCCUCAAGACACUUGUUUUAUGACAUGAAUGUAACACAUUAUACUUGGCUUUUGUCACAAAACAGUCCAUUUGUGCCAAGGUUUUUCGGAAUAAAUUUUGCUUUGCUGUCAGUAUUCUCUUGAUUGGUCUGUGUUGUAUUUAAACUAAUCGUUUGAAUUAUUAAGUCGUGAGAUUAAGCCUACUAUAAAUGGAAAAUAAAUAUAUUUGUAUGACUGUACUUUGUAUUUUUAUAGCUGCGUAUAUACAUAUUUCAAAAGACCACUGUUUACCUUGAAUUGUUAAAGUGGGAAAUACAUUUUUAAACUUACAAUGUUUUAGGUGUGCUACUGGAGGCGGGCAGCAAACUAAUGUUUUAGAAAGAUUGUAAUUUGAUAUCAAAUAUAUUUCUAAGACAUGUGAAAAAUGACCUAACUGUUCGUAUAUAGUGACUCAAAAAAUACAUUUGAUUACACUGCUGAUCAGUUCGUGAUGAGGACUAUAACAUUAUUCUAGUAUGUCAUUAUACAUGGCUCAAUGUACAGUAUGGUGUGCUGUAUUGUACUGUUAAGCCAGAAUCGACUAGCAGUACACAAAAAUCAUUGCUGUUGAGUAAUCAGGUAGCACACAUUGCUGCGAGUUUCUGUACUUUUCAGAUUAGACGAUUUAAGACCUGAAAAUGCUUUGGUUGAUGGUUAAAAGUAUUUAAUCGAGCAAAACAAACAAACAAAAAACAUCGAUGGUUAUUGUUGUUUUUGGUGACAAUGUCGCCAAUCAGUCAGGUUACUGCAAAAAAUGGUUUCAACUCGCCUUAAGUUAUAUUAACUGCUUGGGUAUAAGACACAUUUUGUAUAUAUAUAUACACAGUUUAUACGAAAAAACUUUCGAUAAAUUGAAAAUUGAUGUUGUUAUUUUUAUGACAAAUGUUUAUGAAUAAAAUGGUUGGUU